AUGGCCACGGCCCGGGCCCUGCAGCGGCUGAGCCGGUACCCGCUCGUGGUCCUCACCAACGCCACCCGCCUGCCGGGCGGGGCAGACGUUGCCAGGAGCCUCGCGAGGCUCAACGCGCAGGUGCUCCCCGUGUAUGACGUCGGGAUGCCACACGGCGCACUCUCCGACGACCAGCAGCGGUACCGCCGGGCGCGCGCGCGCGAGUUCGACAAGCUCAUCUGGCUGGACACGAGCGCCGUUCUGACCCGGAGCGUGGAUUGGCUUUUCAAGCGAAGGGCCACCUGGUUGCAGGGCGACGGCGGCAGUUGCGGGACGCGGGCGGGCCGGCUCCCCGGCGACGGCAUCAUGCUGGUCGCCCCGAGCGAGGCCGUCUACCAGCACAUGGUGCGCUUCGCGGCCACGCUGUCGGCAGAGUGGUGGGCCGCCUCCAGGAUAGCGUCUCGCAGUACAUCGGCGAGUACAUGCAGCGCAUUGAAAGCAGGCCCGUGCGGCUGCUGCUCGAGUCCACCGCCUCGUGGACAUCCUGCCUCGGCCGGCUCCCAGGCGGCGCAAGCGCCCCCCCUGGGCUGA